AUGACAUCAAAAGAAGAAGAAUUGAAAAAACGAAAGACAUACUUGCAAAUCGCGGGAACAGCCUGUUCGAAUUGUCGUAAAACCGGCGCAGAAGUCGGCAUCAAAGCACUUCUAAGAUGUACCCGCUGUCGCAUGUCCUGCUAUUGCUCAAGAGAAUGCCAAAAGGCGGACUUUUCUUUUCAUAAACAUUUAUGUGCGGCAGUUAAAGAGCUCAGCGAGUUUGAAGAAGCUUGGUAUUCCUGCAACGAACAAGAAUCAGAAUGGAAUAAACGAAAUAUAUAUCACAUGCAGCUAUUGACCGAGGCACUUGAUAGAGAACUGAAUAAUUAUGAGAGGAAUGCUUGGCUACAUCAGCCUAAAUGUCAUGUUUGUUUUCGAACUACUCGGGAUUUGCAAAAUCAAUCACCGUUAAUCCCGUGUCCUGAAUGCAAAGUCACGUUCUGUUGCUCCUCAGAGCAUUGGGAAAAACAUCGAGAAAAACAUCAAUCUUUGUGCAAAAUUUACCAACUGAUGAUUAACUGUGAAAGAAUAAGAUACCAGGAUACUUCGGAAACUCUGUGGGCGCCCGAAGAAUGGGAUGCGAAUGCUAUUUAUCCUCCGCUUCCAAAAGAUUGGAAUGGAUAUUUUAAAUGGCGGAAGAAUUCUCAAUUUAUCCACCUCGAUGCCCUAUGUGGAGUGAUCACCAACAAUCUUUCGUUACCUCUCACGAUCUUAUCGGCGCUGGAGAGAUUCUAUGUUCGUAGCAAAUUACGUUCUCUCGAGGAUUUGACAAUUCACAUUAUCGGAGCUAGUCAAUAUGAAAUUUUUGCUCUCAUGACCUUUGAAGAGAUAAUGCAUGUGCUCCCCAAAAUAAAAACAGUUCGAAUCAUAAUGGUGGGAUUUGAAUUACCAGGGCAAAAUCACGGAAUCGAUUUACAAUGCUGUUCGCGUUGUACCAACUCAGGUCGAAAGCGUAUUUGCGCAUUUUAUCCCAUGGCAUACCAUGAGUACGGUUCCUCUUCAGAUUACACAGCUCCUCAUGUUUCUGCCGGGUUCAACACUGGACUCUAUGAGGAUGAUACAGAACUCUGGAAACCUACGAUUGAAUUUUUGUUAGACAAGGAGACACCCUGUGUGUUCACAUCCUAUUCCAAGGAAGAGGCUACCCAAGAUGUAAAAAUUCUUAAGAGUUGGGGAGCCAAAGUUAUCGUGGGAGCAAAGGAAAAUAAAUGGAAAAGUACAAUGCCAUUAGUUGAGCCACAAGGAACUGAUAAAUUCUAUUACAACAAUUUCUAUAGAACUUUGCUUCAGGGGCGCGUGUAA